AUGUUCUCAGUACAUCAAAAGCGCAAGAAAAAAAAGGGACCUACAAAGGAUGAUUAUGUGACAAAGAUUGAUAAGCAAAAGGAACAUGGACAUCUUAAUGUCAAAUCCAAACAGUGCCCCAAAUAUAAGGAAACAUUAACAGAAAUGCUUCAGAAAGAUUUUGGUGGGAGUAUGGAAAAAUUCACACGAAAGUUAUACCUAGAAUCUGUAUUACGACCUUCACAUAAAGCUUUAUUUACUGAUAAAGUUAUAAAACUUAGUGAGUUUAUCAAAAAUGUCACUUUUCAUCGUAUGAUUACAUGGUAUAGCGAUUCUCUAUCUGCUGCUCGUGUUACGCUUGGAACAACUUAUCUCAAUCAUAUUGUUGAGAUUUUUAAAGAUAGAUUAGGCAUGCCGAAGGGAUUUCUAUAUAUGAUGGCAGAAAAAUACUGUUAUGAGCGCCUUUUAGGUUCCAAUGGAAACCCAAAGUGGCCCAAACAAUUUGAUUUAGUCCGUAUUGCACAUGUUUACCAGAUCACUGGAAUAAUUCAAAAAUUCAAAAAUUGGCUUUUAAUCUCACCUAAUACUACAAAUAUAACUGCAUCACCCACCAAGUUUAUAUCUGUUUUAGGGUAUAUUAUUAGUGAGUUGGAAUCAUUCUGUAGCAACUGCACUGAUCCAUUAGAUAAGCCAAGAAGUUUGUCGCUUGCACCUACUCCUAGCUUGCGCUGGAAGUAUAUAUCUAUCAAUUGUAUAUCUCUUGCUACUAUUGUAAAGAAAAAAUCCGGUACAAUCUAUAGAGAAAACAUUGAACAGUUUUACCCUACUUUUGAUUCUAAAAAGUUUCGAUUUGAAAGUAAAGUGGCUGAAGAAAAGUUCAUUCAAAAUUCAGAUGUCAUUCCUCUCAUUAUUUUUGCUGAAGGUAUGAAGAAUAACGAUAUGGUAGUAAUCAAGGAUCACGCUUUUGGUGCCACUAGAGUGCUUCAAAGAGAGCUUCAACUAAGGUCUAUAACCUUUGGAUCUGUAGUGGUAGACAUCAAUGAGUUUAGAACCUCCAAUGCCAGUAUUGUUACUGUUUUCAAGUAUUGA